GCCUUGCUUCCGAUUUCCGCUGCGGCGCGCGCUCGGCUCUCAGCCGGUUCGGUAUCAUGGCGGCUACGGCCACGAUGGCGACCUCGGGUUCGGCGCGGAAGCGGCUGCUCAAAGAAGAAGACAUGACCAAAGUGGAAUUCGAGACUAGCGAGGAGGUGGACGUGACCCCCACGUUCGACACCAUGGGCCUGCGAGAGGACUUGCUGCGCGGCAUCUAUGCCUACGGUUUUGAAAAACCAUCAGCAAUCCAGCAGCGAGCUAUUAAGCAGAUAAUUAAAGGAAGAGAUGUCAUUGCGCAAUCCCAGUCUGGUACAGGCAAAACAGCCACCUUCAGUAUUUCUGUCCUCCAGUGUUUGGAUAUUCAGGUUCGUGAAACCCAAGCUUUGAUCUUGGCUCCAACAAGAGAGUUAGCUGUACAGAUCCAGAAGGGCCUGCUUGCUUUGGGUGACUACAUGAAUGUCCAGUGCCAUGCCUGCAUCGGGGGCACCAAUGUGGGGGAGGACAUCAGGAAAUUGGACUACGGACAGCACGUUGUCGCCGGCACACCUGGGCGUGUCUUUGAUAUGAUUCGUCGCAGGAGUUUGAGGACACGUGCUAUCAAGAUGUUGGUUUUGGAUGAGGCUGAUGAAAUGUUGAAUAAAGGCUUCAAAGAGCAGAUCUACGACGUGUACAGGUACCUGCCCCCAGCCACACAGGUGGUGCUCAUCAGCGCCACACUGCCCCAUGAGAUCCUCGAGAUGACCAACAAGUUCAUGACCGACCCCAUCCGCAUCUUGGUGAAACGUGAUGAACUGACUCUCGAAGGCAUCAAGCAGUUUUUUGUGGCUGUGGAACGGGAAGAGUGGAAGUUUGACACCCUGUGUGACCUCUACGACACGCUGACCAUCACACAGGCUGUCAUCUUCUGUAACACCAAGAGGAAGGUUGACUGGCUGACGGAGAAGAUGAGGGAAGCUAACUUUACAGUGUCGUCCAUGCAUGGGGACAUGCCCCAGAAGGAGCGAGAGUCCAUCAUGAAGGAGUUCCGGUCAGGUGCCAGCCGAGUGCUCAUUUCUACAGACGUCUGGGCCCGGGGGCUGGACGUGCCCCAGGUGUCCCUUAUCAUUAACUACGACCUGCCCAACAACAGAGAGCUGUACAUACACAGAAUUGGGCGAUCCGGUCGAUAUGGCCGAAAGGGUGUGGCCAUUAAUUUUGUAAAGAAUGAUGAUAUCCGCAUCCUCAGAGACAUUGAGCAGUACUACUCCACUCAGAUUGAUGAGAUGCCCAUGAACGUUGCUGAUCUGAUCUGAAAAAUCUGCUCACUGGAGCCUCUUCAUCUGUUUUGUAUCAGUUUGGAAAUAUUUAGAGGCGGUUUCUAUUUAACGGGGUUUGUGCGAACUCUAUUCUUAAACCACCUCUCUCCCCACCACCUCACCCCAGAACGAACUCUGGAGAUGGGGCUACCUUUUCUUACCCACGUGUAAAUAAUGCAUUGCUUUCUUUUUCAUUAAACAUUUAAAACUUU